CCUCUGACAAUUCUAUUACGAGCUUAAAAAAGCUUGGGCAAGCUCGAACAAGUUUUUUUGUUUUAUUUAAGAAAAGUGAUUUCUGGACAAAAGAGAGGUGAUCUAGGGACAUGAUAGCGAGGCAGCCCUCGUCACCUCGUGUGCUAUGUGUGAUGGAAGUGCAGAGGUACAAGAAAACAUGGCUCAAAAAUAAUCCACCUAGCAGCAAUUCAAACACAAUAUGCGAGUCUACUGACAGUGGAGUGGGAAGCUUCGAGGACGAGYCGUGCCAGGGGAAAGGCAUGACCACCAGUGUUGAAACCCCUGAACCUGCUGAGCUACAAGAAGGUUCUCAACUUCAAAAUGGCGAAGCUGCUCAAAAGUUUCAGUUCGUCUACCUCGGGGUCGCCGAACUUGAUAGACGAUACACACAGUCUAUGCUGCCAUGGAUUAUUUCUGAGGUUAGGAGAAAGCGCGAAAGACAGAAUGUUUAUCUGUGUGUCGAGGAGUCGACGGUAAAAGCGCUGAAUGUGGCGGAUGGUGCGACGACUUUUGAACAUCGUGUACAAUCUAUUACUCGCUGUGCUCGUUCGACAGACAAAAAGUGCUUCGCCUACUUGGUAAAGUCCAACGACAGCACUACCUCUUGCCACUGCUUCGUCUUUGAAUCCGUGGACACCCUCUCGGUCCCUGGAUUCAUCCAUCAAAUCAAACAAACAGUAAAGGUAGGCUGUGACCAAGCAGAUGGAAAACCCAAAAGAAAAGUAUCAAGUUUUGAAUCAACUAAUACUAUAUCUAACAGCAUUGAUGGCGUGCAACAAAGAGUGAUGGUAAGCUACCAAUUGACAUAUGUAGGAAGGGUCAGUGUUUCACAUCGUCAGGCCCCGCCUACUUUGAUUGAUGAUUCAGUUCAACGGUUCAAGGAUCUCAACCGCCGAAAUCAACUAGAGAAUGAGUUACAUGGAUCAAACAAUCACCAGAUAGUCUCUCGGCAACCAAAUGUGAAUAUCACUAAAAGACAGUCCCCUCCUGAACUACACAAAAACUCUAUCCACCAAAGAGCAAAGAAAGCUGCAAGCUUAGAAGGCGAUGCAAUCAUUGGAGAAUGUAACCCUGAAUCGCUGCCCAAACUAGAGGAUUCUACACCUGCCAGCAAUGGCGACRUCCGACCAAGAUCGGCAAGUGAUGGCGACAAAAAUCAUUUUAAACCAGGAGCAACUAAGGGUCGUGCUGAUAGUGAUCACACCUCGCGUCAAACACAUGCACGAUCUGCUAGCUUUGGGGCCAAUUCUGAGAACAGAAAUGUGGUCAUACAGAUUAGUGCAGUAAACGUGAUGGUGAUAAGCUCAAUAAGUAAUGCCUGUCUAAUGGACAAAUUGCUACGAGAAAUAUCAUUCUGCCAACAGGGGUCAAAGAACCCAGAACACUUUGGUUUCAUCUGUAGAGAACAACGACAGUCCACGUACAUGUGUUAUGUCUUUAAAGGAGAUUCAGAAAAUCUGGUUGACAGGGUGAUGAGAUCAUUAAAACAAGCUUUCCAUGCAGCAUGGCAAUCGACAGGCAYGACAAAUGUAUGUGAGAUGUGUCCUCUUCACCACCUUCAUCAACUCUGUAGGCAGUUAGAAGGUGCAUCCGUAAACCAACAGCAUGAAAUCCUACAAAAAAAAUUGGUGGUCCUCACAGAAGAGGAAAGGAACUUAUUUACCGACAGAUACAAGGCUGCAAGUCCAUUUUCCAAUAUGCAAGAAGAAGUGGAAGUGAUCAUGGCCAUUUUCAGAAAUAUCUAUGAACAGAGACAGCAUGUGCACACCCAUUCCAAUUCUAAUCAGCAAAAAGACAAAGCUGGUUCCAACCUCCUUCAAAAGGCAAAGAAAUCUUUGGCUUCUUCUCUUGAGAACUUUAGAAGCAAAAGAGGAAGAUCCAGAACGACAUUAAGAGAAGACAGUGUUGAAGAGAACACUAGUUCCGAAGAUCCAUCAAGACCAAGCCCAUCGUUAAGACGACGUAGCCACACAAUUGACACCUUAGGAAGUGGGCCGAUUGCACCCAUGUCGUCUAUUGAUGAAAAGCCUCCAGUGAGCAAUAUUGGUGCACAAUCUAACAACCAAAGAGGAGUCAGAGGAGAUCAGAAGAGAGGAGUCAUAAGGAAUAAAUCUAGCGAUAGUUUACCAGAGACUUUUGGAUCUGGUCCAUCCCCUCCGCUCACACCCACAAAACCAACGGCACAGAUGCAUCGUAAGCUGAGCAGACAGCAUUCAUACCGACAGAACAUUUUUAACAGUGUUGUGACUCCUUCAAAGAGACAUUCUAGUGUCUCUAGUGAUAUGGAUACGACGAUUUCAUUGAGUGAGAUGACUGGAAGAAAAAGAUCUAGCCAGGAGCUAAGAGCCUUAUGGAGAAAGAUAAUAAUGGAACAGAUACUCCUGAUAAGAAUGGACAGAGAGAAUAAAACACUGGAUGAUAUCCAAAGAUCAGUGGAACUCAAGAGGCUCAAGCUAGCUUAUGAUGGUCCCAGUUGUAGUCCUGAAGCCGCUGAUCAAUGGGAGAAGCUUCUGGCAACCCCAUCUGAUGUAAAGAUUGAUAAAUUUUUGUUACAGCAAGCCGUCAAGGCUGGUGUACCAAAAGCUAGGAGAGGAGAAGUAUGGGUGUUCCUGGCAAAUCAAUACAUGAUGGACGCAGAUGAAGAGAAAAGUGAUUCCUGGCAAAAAGGGACGUACUCUAAAAUGCGGGAAGGACAUUGCUUACACCAGCAUUCGAUAUUCAUUGACCUGGGCCGUACGUUUCCCAGUCAUCCAUUUUUCAUGUCACAGUUUGGUCCUGGCCAGCUAUCGCUGUUCAAUCUCCUCAAGGCAUAUUCCGUGCAGGAUACAGAGGUUGGUUACUGCCAGGGACUUAGCUUUGUGGCAGGAAUCCUACUCAUGCAUAUGGACGAGAACCAGGCAUUUGAUACCAUGUGUCACUUGAUGUAUAAUCUCAACCUGAGAAAACUGUACAAAUCUGAUAUGCAGGAAUUACAGAUCCAGUUCUACAUGCUGUCUCGCCUUCUUCACGAUUUCCAUCCCGAACUCUAUUCCCUGUUAGAGGAGCUUGAAAUCACCCCCACCCUGUACUCUGCGGCUUGGUUCCUUACUCUCUUUGCCUCCAUGUUCUCUGUUGGUUUUGUAGUUCGUGUCAUGGACAUGAUAUUUCUUCACGGGCUGACUGUGGUUUUCAAGGUAAUGCUUGCAAUGUUUGGGCGUUGUAAAGAAGAAAUCAUGGCCACAGAUGGCUUCGAAAAUGCGAUGGAAGUGAUCAAGACCGCACUACCCCCAUACGCCGUCGAGAACAUGGAUUCCAUCGUCAAAGAGGUUUUGGACCUAGACGUGGCAAAGAAGCUCCAUUCUUACCAGAUAGAAUACAACGUCUUACGAGAAGAAGACUUGAGUUUGGCCUCCAUCGAAGAAUUUGAGCACGAGCGUGCAAUUAAGUUAGAGACGGAGAACAAUACACUAAGUAGACACUUACAAGAGCUAACAGAACAGUUAUCCAGUGCACGGAAGACUAUUCAUAGCCUUGAGACGUCCAUCCACACCAUGCAGAUAAACCAAGCUGCUCUACUCUCACACAUACGAGCCCUGGAAGCAGAGAACCAGGAACUCAAGAAAUCUAGAAGUGGUGCGGCUAACACCAGUCCUGCUGGUCGAAACGUGUUGACGAGGGCCGAUAGUAUCGAAGCACCUGACGCCCCACCCCUCUCCCCACAGGAGCAUAGUAGUAUUACUGACGAAAACACGGACAGUUUUGAGCAUCUGGGAUGUAGUGACUUGACCGAUGACGAAGCAGUUUCUCUGGACAGGGACUCCCCAGCAGAUGAGCUGGCAGACAAGGUUAGAGCACGUAGCCCGUUGAUGAACGAUAAGACUGACGAUAUGGCCGCCAGUAGGUGACUUUAUAAAAUAUAGAGUAUGGCUUUAUAUGAGAUAUUUUUCUCUCCAGUGGAGAGUUCUGUGUUAGAGUUAAAGAAUAAUAUCGCAAGAUAUUAUUGGAAACUGAGAAAUCUCCUUGAUCUUUGUAAUUGGGUCAAGGGCAUUAUCCCGUGACUUUAGGAGAUGAUUUUCCAUGUCUACGGGAUCAUGUCAGGUCCCGCACAUGUUAAAUCGGGUCAAGGGCAUCGUCCCGUGACUUUAGGAGAUGAUUUUCCUUGUCUAAGGGAUCAUGUCAGGUCCCGCGCAUGUUUAAUCGGGUCAAGGGCGUCGUCCCGUUACUUUAGGAGAUGAUUCUUCCCGAUCUACGGGAUCAUGUCACGGGUCCCGCGCAUGAUCCAUCAAGGAGAUUUUCUCACGGAAUCCUAGUAAUGUCUUGUAGGUCCAAGGAAGUCUCGCGGGUUCAACCUUACGUCUCGCGGGUUUUGACUAGCAUUGUAACCGAGAAUUUAACUCAAACCUGGCCAUGAAUGGGGAAGAGUAGAGCUCUUGUGACAUUACGCAGUCUUUCUUACACUUUUUUUCUUAUUCUUAUUCUUACGAAAGCCUUAAUAUAUGUAAAGUUGCUUCUAUUAAUAGAACAAAAGAAAGCGUUGCAUUCCAACUGCAUGUCGAACAAGACUUCCAUAGCAACAGGAAACCAUUUAUGUGUCGCACAUGACGUACCAUUACCAUACUACAUGACAUUGAAAUAUUCCCGCCAGAGACCAUCGUAUUGUCACGUGAGCUCACACUUGCCUGUUGUAAGCCUUUUGUAAUGACUCACCUAAGUAACUUGUAUCAGGUCAGAGAGACAUAUCCCUGGAUAGCAGGUUUAUGUAAUUCUGAUGUCAGAAAUAAUCUGCUGCAGUCAUUUUUAGCCAAGUCAUAUAUACCAGAUAAAGCAGAGCAAAUAUUAUAACCUGCAUGACAGUUGAUGGGUCGUACUUGAUUGACAAGAUGAUUGACAGAUGUUUGAUUGACAGACGGCGCGAACACUGUGUCAUGUAACCUGUAGAUAUAGAAGCUAUAGUGUAAAAUGAGGUUUUGUACGACUGAAAAUUCUGAUAUCACAUUCCAAGAGUAUUGGAAUCCAAGACACUCAAAGUCUUUGGGUAUGUCCCGUAGUUUGGAAAGACAGUGAUUAGAAUUCCUCAGCGUGGGGGGAGGGGGGCGGGCCAAGCCAACCAUAGAUGACGUCAUAGAUCACCUUAAAUUCAACUUUUGGCACCCAUUUUCAUGAUCGUACAAAAUCUGCUUUAUACAUAUAAAAGUCUAAAGAAUUUGAUAAUCUAAAGAAUAACAUUUACAUGACCGUUACCUAUUAUUGGUGUACAAAUUAUAUUUGUUUUCGUGUUAGUUUAUUUGUUCGUUUGUUUGUUUGAUGYUUUUUUGCUUCAACAGGUUCGCGCGCGGGUCGGCGGGACCGAGCAGGUCUUGUGUAUUAUUCCRUAUAUUUCUAUUCAAUUUUCAAUUUUCUUUUUUAAAACAUGGCUCUCACUAUAACAAGUCUUAGAUUACGUAUAAAAAAGAUGUAUGCGCCUUUAUAUUGGUCACUUUCCAUUAUAGAAUUAUUAGUUGUUAAGCAGUUGAUUAAUUGUUGGUCGUAGAAGAGUAUAUUUGUCAUAUAAAUUUAAGGGAAAAUGAGGGGGAAACAGUCCUUUGAAAAGUGGAUUUCAAAUUUAGUAUAUAUUUUGUUUCUUUGAUCUUUAAAUUCGAUUUUCUUCAAGUAAAAUUGCCUUUUCACUUUAUCACAGUUGAUGCUUACUCGUCCCCACCCCCUCCCCCCAGGUAAAGAUACAUGYUUCCUUAGGUGUGAGGGGAAGAUUAGUAAUUGUACCCAUAGUUUUUAUUUUAUACUUGAGAUCCACUCUUCGAAGCCGCAAAUAAACUACAAAUAAUUAAAAUUAUGAUAAAAUAAGAUUUUGUUGAUAUAGAGAAUGCAAUCGUGGUUUGUACAAAGCAUCCUAGUAAUAUAUGACAAUUAGUAUUCUUUAUAUUGUCCUACAGGGCAGCCAUUUUGAAAAGGGCGUGGCCACUUUUCAAGAUGGCCGCCUGAGUAAUUGAUUACACGCUACCAAAACCAGUAGCACAUGAAAAACAAUAAAAACACAAUAAAGAUUAGUAAACAUGAA